AUGGACAACGUAGGAAGUUUGCCCGAAACAUCAAAUUGGGAAAAUAUACUACAAUCUUUGGGGAUUGAGAAACUUGCAAAUGAUAUUGAGAUAGAGAAUGUCAAGGGAAAGGUUUUGGAAUCCUUUGAUGAGUGGGAGAAAUUUUAUUACACAUACUCUUUGCGGAUAGGCUUCAGCGUUCGCAAAGCAGAUGUUAUCGCAAAGACAUGGAAAUUGACAAGGCCGGUGAGAGAAAAUGAAAAACAGCUAUUACUAGGACAGGUUCUCAAGCCAGUUUUUCGAGUGAUAAUGAUGGGAGAUGAUGGUCUGUGGAUUUGCAAGAAAUUCCAAACUUUGCACAACCAUGACACGACUGCAUUAGAUGAGUUGCGAUUUCUGAGAUCAAACCAUUACGUGCCAGAAUCCCUAGUUGUUCAAGUGAGGUCAAUGAACAAAGUUGGGAUAAGAACUUCAUACAUCAUCUCCCACUUGACAAUGCAGUCUGGUGGGUACGAAAGGAUGACUUGCCAGCUACAAGACGUUUACAACAAGGUCGCCCACGUCAAAAGGAAAGAGAAAAGAUGUACAGAUUCAGAUGGUGCUUUGUAA